AUGGAGACUAAGCUUCUGAUGUGGCAAACCUCAGAUCUGAUCAUCCUGGGAUCGAACUAUUCGCUCUCAUUCACGAUUGAACCUCCAACAUCUGCCGCCCCAGGCGUGCCCUUUUCAAUUCCCGUAAUCGUUGCAGUCCGGUCUGUUGGUAAUGCUAAUAGCGAUCCUUUACAACAACUAGGGGCGAGAGCAGUGCUCUGGGAUGAGAGCGGAACCAGUUCAACUGUUGAUCUGACUGGGAAUACUUCGACCAGCGUGCGCUCUAGGACGGGAAAUUCCACAAGUGGAUACGCCGUCUUCAACCGCCUUACCGUCAAAAGCCCGGGGAGAUACAAGCUACGAGUAAUGUCGGUCCUCAAUACAGCCAGUGGAGUGUCAGUGCAAGGCUCUAUUGACUCUGGGAUCAUUCACGUCCAUUCAGGCGCGGCUGCAUCACAGCCUCCGAGUCCGGCACAAAUUGCGCGGUUACAGGCCCUGGUACCCGAGAAUAUAGGCAUAUCACAGGCAGAUAUUGCGGCCUGGCAGCAGGCCUAG